AUGACUGGGUCACCCUCAGAGGAUGAGCUCUUGGCCUCCAGCCAAGAAAUAGUUGAGGGCAAAGCUGUGGGCCACAGUACGCCAAAAGCCAUAACUCAACCAACAACAUCCGCUAAAGCCAUGGGGCAAAAGCGUGGUAAUAAAGGUCCCUCGAGGUAUAAACUCUACCAGAGGUCUCUCGCAAUCCUUGGCAGGAUUCGAAAAAACGAGACCGAUAAAGUUCAUCCCAAAGAUGCGACCGACAAGGCAAGAUGUCAAAAGGUGGUUGACAAAAACUUGGCAUUCCAAGCCGCCAACAAGACAGAUGCCAAAAAACGAAACCGCUUGCAUGACGAAACUGCGAAGGUAACAAUGAAGCACAAGAUAUCGGAUCAUGGUGCAGUUGCCUUCAAACCUACCAAGCGAUUUAGUGAGGUGGCACGGGACCAUCUUCAAACGGCAUUGGUAGAUGAAACCUCUAACAGCGGAAAACCAGUGCUUUACAAGUGGUCAGAGAUUGAGGCACGAUUGUCUCACAUAGUCGUUGACCAUGUCAUGGCGAACCGAGAGGGUCUAACACCAGGUUUCGACUCGGUGGAGAACAGCUUGGAAGGCUUGAAACUCAAGCUAAUUCCGGCUAGCGAGAUUCCACGAAGGCGGAGGGCUCGCAUCUGGGUACCAAACAUGGAGCUGGAAGCCAAUCAAUUAAUCCCCUACCUUCAGGCACAUAAUCGCUCGGUGCCGAUGACCGAUUGGUCGAUCAUCAAAGCGGUGGCUCCGCAAGGGCACAGCAUGUAUUUCCUCCUUCUAAUUACAGAAGAGAGUCUGGGACCACUGGAGAAAGUGGAAAAAAACUUCGGUUUGGCAUUAGGAAGGCCUAGCUGA